GUUAACGUUACUUGAGUUUAGUGUGUGUGCUUUUCAAAAUACAGACAGAUAUAGACAUUCGCACGCACCGGCAUGUUUUAGUACACCGCAGUUUGUCACGUUUCUAUACAAUUUUCCUCGCCAUUCGUCUUAAAAAAAAAAUUCCAAGCAAUUUAAAUAAAAUUCAAAUAUCAGAUCCGAUUUGGUGCAUUAUUAUUAAGCAAAAUUAUUCGAGUCUAAACAAGGGGCAGAGGCUGAUCCAAUCAUUAAAGGCCACAAAUAAGCCACAAUUGCUGCGAACGGGAUUGGGAUAUCCCGCGAUCCUCCGAUCGAAGGCUGAGGAUGAAACCCGACCAGCUGAACCGCCUGAUCAAGGUCAACAGGCGGAUGCAACCCUGGUUCUUGCGUAACACCAGCGAGCUCUACGAAAGCGCCAUUAGGACCUAUUACGAGCGCGGCUACAGUUCUCACAAUCAAUUCCCACGUCUCCGCACGGAGAAUGUGGGUCCGUUGCGCAGGAUCAAAAAGGCGGAGCCGGAGCCCAGUCCCGCCGACGUGUACCCGCGCAGCCACAUUCUGCAGGCGGACCAGGCGGCCAGCAGCUCCUCCGGCCAGCUGCUGCACACGAUGAUGCAGGCGAGCCGGCGCCGCUCCAUGUCCUUCUCGGCGGCUCGUCCUUACGCGACCUACGGCCAGUCCACCGCCCCGCGAAGUAGCGCCAGUUCGAGCUGCUCCAGCGGGAGGAGCAGUGUCGGAUCCUCCCGCACCGAGAUCCUGGGCGGCAGGGCGAAGCGGAAAAGGAAGUCGGGGCGAGGAGGGAGCAGGGCAGAGACGCUGAAGGGGAACGAGGAGCAACUGGUGGACAUGGGCAUGCUGUUCGGUGGCCGGUCGAUGAGCCUGCCUCCCCUGCCAUCUGCACCCGGCUUGGGAUGCGGCGCCAUGAUGCGGACCAUGCCGCCGAGCAGGCAACACCACAUGGCGGCCAUGGCGAAGAACUCGCUGGCGCAGCCCAUCCGGAUUCCACGGGGCGAUGGGGACCACCUAAUGCCGGUGGAUGCCGCCCUCAAGCGUCGCAUUUCGGUGCUGGGCGGCCAGCUGGAGGAGGGGCGUGGUCGGGCCAGGGCGGAACUGGGUCACCUAAUGGUCACCGGAAACGGCAGUUCCAUCGACGGCGGCCGAUUCCCGUCGGAGAUGCGCUUCCGCUUCCAGACUUUGGGCGAUCGCAUCAAGCAGUUCGAGUACAUCCAGUUCGCCGAUGGACCCGUGGCCUCAUACGCCUUCAAUCGGAGCCAUCGGGGUCCCAGCGGUGGUGGCAGCGGAUCCACAAGGACUCGUCUCGAGAGCCUCCCCCGCGACGCGGAUGUGGGGCUACAGCCACGCCAUCUCAGCUUCAACAAUGUCCUGCACGCCAACUAUCGGCAGAGGAGCAGGAGUCUGGAGCACGCGAAUCAGCUGCUGGAGGCCAUUGCACCGCGACCAGUGACGCCGGUCUGUCCGCUGGGGAACGGUGGAUCCGCACGGGGAUCCAGCCUGGACAGCAGUUCGCGAACUAGUUUCCAGCCCAGCAGUUCGACAGCAACAGAAACCAAUGCAGAAAACUGUGGAAAGAGUUCUGAAGAAAACUUAGGAUAUUCAAAGAGUUCGAAAGAAACUUCGGUUGAAAGUUUUGGAACCGCUUGGCAGGGAACUCCUGCCAGAGAUUGGUACAAGUACCAAGGAUCGAGCAGCACUUUGGGAACGACAACAACAGAAGCAACUACGGUAAGAAACUCCAACACAUACAAGGGAAACAGGGGAAGUUCCUCUGGACCAGUUUCGGGAUCAAUUCCAGGAGCAAAACCACGCUCAGUCAAGGGAUGUACUGCUGGCGAAACUUUGGGAUCUUCGGCAGUAAAUUCGGCGCCCUUUAGAGCCACUUCCCGUGCCUCUUCCAAGGGCACUAAAAAAGCCGCCUCGGAAGCAGCGUCGGGAGGAUUUGCUGGACCCAUUUCGGGAUCAUAUUCUGGAUCAUAUUCUGGAUCACAUUCUGGAUCAUAUUCUGGAUCAUAUUCUGGAUCACAUUCCGGAUCUCUUUCUGGAUCAUAUGCUGGCCAAGAGGAGCCCAGUCGAGCCACCCUGGCACCCGUGCGUCGACAGCAAUUGCAGCAGCGCAGUCUUCAGACGGCCCCCAAAGUGGAUGACCCCACGGGCGGGGUCAAAGAGCACGUCAAAGAGAAGAUCAAUGAGAAGGUCAAAGAGAAGGUCAAGGAGAGGGCCAAAGAGAGGGGUGAUGAGAAGGUCAAAGAGAAGGUCAAGGAGAGGGUCAAGGAGAGGGUCAAAGGCAAGGUGAUGGACAAGGUCACAAAGAGGAAGCCACUGGAUAAGCCGAUGUAUAAGCCGAUGGACAAGCCGCGGGUGACCAAGGUGACCAACAAUCAGGUGAGCCGCUCUAGCCGUCGGGCCUUCCUCCAGACACCCGAAGACCCCGACCUUCCCGCGGGUAAUCCUCCCAAGACGUCGCACCAGGACCAGAAGACGGGAAGGAAGCUAAAGGAAGCCGCCAAUCUCAAAGGGGCCAAUCAGCUGCUGGUGGCGAGUGCCUCGCAGGUUUCGGCCUACAAGCGUGCCUUCCGCACCCAGCAGCAGAUGCUCAAGGCGGAGAUCCUACACCAGCAAGCGCAGCAUCUGCAGCAAUUUCGAAAAAACAUACCGGCGGAGAUGCCUUCAUCGAGUAAGGAAACAACCAGACUGCAAAGCCACCGGGGUUCGAUCACGACUACGACCACCAAUCGGUCGACAAAUCAACGCAAUGCAGCCACUUCGGGCGGCAAAGCACCUCCGUUGAAAAGUGGAGUGUCCAAAACGGGGACUAGAACUCUGGCUGCAUCAACGGCCAAGCCAAAAACGAAUGGAUCAGAGCUGAGAAAGAAAGGACCUACAGGAUUACCGGCUAACGCAGCAGCUGCUUCCGUAACAGCAACCGUAACGGCGCCCGUAACAGCUUCCAUAACAGCGCCCGCAACAGCGCCCUUAACAACGACCUUAACAGCGGCAUCGAAGCGCACUGCACAGCCGACGUUGCAAAAGGGAACAAAAACAACUAAAAAAGGAUCAGUGGCAGGAGUUGCGUCGGCAGGAGGAAGAGUGGGGGGAGGUGGAGGAGCGGGAUGGAAAGCGGGACCGAAAGCGGCGCAAGCAGCAGCAAAAACAGAGACAAAAACACGGCGAACGGUGCCGACGCUGGCAGCGCAGCAGCAGCACUCGCGUAACGGUAACUCGCUGCUCGGCUUUCGACGGGAAAAUAAAACGCUUAGCCGCGCAGCGGCAGCGCUGCUGCAGCGACGCGACGCAGACGAGCCGCUGCCGCAGUUGCAGUCGCAAUCGCCGUCGGCGUCGCUGUCGGCGUCGCAGUCGCAGUCGGCGCAGCAGCGGCGUCAGUUUCAUUUAAAUCCUCCGUGGCGUCCCAGCUACUGAGUGUUCACUGUGCCCCGCAUUUUCAUACUCUUCUAGUAAUUGUCCCGAUCUUGAGCAUGGAAGAGAGUGGGGGAUAAAUCCAUUGUAGAGGUAAACAUGUCAUUGCAAUAAAACGAGAAAAAAACUU